AUGCAGCGUUGGGCCUCGCACUCGUGGGAACAGCCCCUGCACGGUGGCCGUGCGGUGCUGCGCGGUGCCGAGCUCUCACGAGCGCGUUGGCAGAGUCUGCGUGCAAACCCGACCCCGCCAGGAUGCCUCGAGAAGUGGAAGACCAAGCUCAACCUGGUUGCCAUCAUGACUGGCAAGCUGGAUGGGCGCACCAUGUCAGGGGCCAAGAAGGCGCUCGGGAGAAUGAGGGCAUCUUCCAACGAGCAGGCGAACCUGGACGCUGCGCUGAUGGCGAAUCUCAUCAAGUUGGCGGAGUCUGCGGAGAAGUGCGCCCCUGAGUCCAUCAAGGUCACGCCGAUGAGCGAGCUCACGCCCCACAUCGACAAGAUGAUGCAGGAGUCCGUGGAGUGGCCCGACGUCGUGCAGACCGCCCUGGUGACGAAGAGGCUGCAAGCCGUCAUCGCCGAGAAGAACUGGAGCCUCGUGAUCAAGAUCUGCAAGCCGUGGGGCAUGGGCGACGAGAUGGCGUUCGACCCCAAGGCCCCUUGUGUGGCAGCGUGCGGAGAACAGAUGUGCCACAAAAUCCAGCUCUUCAACAAGGUCGUUUUCGAGAAAGUGUUCAUCCAAUUGAUCCGCCAGGGGCCCGACACCGUGUCCGAGGUGAUCAGCUUGGCGGCGCAUUGCCGAGAUUCCCUUGCUGACAUUGACCUCGUGGAGGCGGAGAACGCGGUUGCAGCGGCCUUGGAAGAGUGGAACACGAUCUGGGGCUGUCUCGUAGCUCUGGGCUCGGACGGCCUCCGCGGGCAGCAUUUGGACAGUGGCCUUAAAGACGACAUGCUGUUGCUGAGUUCGCACAUGGGCAAGGCUUCGAGGACUGUGACUGCCUUGGUGGCUGCAGCAAUUGAGGCCACUGACUUCUGGAACUCCAGGCUGCAGGGGUACGUCCGCUGCGCCAAGGAUGUCAACAAGCUGGCGUCCCAGUACGACGACGUCGUCGCCGUCUUUGCCGCGCUGACCGAUGACCCAGCGGAGUUCGUUCCGCGGGUGCAGGAUGCAAUCGCCAGGCUCGGCGAGUUCAAGGAGAAGCUGCCGCCUGCUGCCACUGCCAAUCUGUUAGACACGGCGCUGGGAACCAUCCUGGGCAAGAGCAAGGUCUUCAUGGCCGCUUGUGCGACGCCCGACAAUGUGAGCGAGAAGUUCAUCCAGGAUUGGCAGGCAGUACUCUCCGAAGCAGUCAUCCUCUAUCCCAUGGCCGAGGAGUUGAACCAGACGAUGAUGUCCCUCGGUGCGAAGUUGCGGGACAUGGGACUCGCCGUCAAGCUGGCCGAGCUGACCAAGCAGAUGAAGGAGAUGGCCAAGUCGGCCGCCGCUGGCCUGGAGACGGCGUGGUUGCGAGAGUUUAAGCUGACUGAGUGCAACGCCAUGGUCAACGCCAUUCGCGAGCUCAACGUCCCCCGCGACCAUGCGAUUGCCAUCGCGGCGGUCGGCCUGGCCGACAAUGUCGCAGAGUACGUGGCGAUGGAGAUCGGGAAGACCAACUUCGAAUGCCAAGUGUCGAUGAUCAACAAGACUAUCACGAUCGACGGUCUGCUGCAGGAGUUGACGGCCCACGGCUCUUGCAUGGAUGACAGGGCGACGGCGAACAACUUCGACCUGGUUGUGUCACUGGACAGGUGCACGAAGCAGCUCCACGAGCUCAUCUCCGCCAGCGCCGAUGCAGACCACCCCGCCGCUGCGAGUAAGAUGCUUGACGACGCGACCAAGUUCCUGACUGAGCUGCACGGCGCCUACAUCAAGAAGAGCAAGGCUGCCCUCGAGGUCAAGCUGAAUGAAAUCAAGCCGCUGAACGGCGGCAUGGACAACGGGGAGUACUGGGUGGACGCGUUCAGAGGUGAGACCUGGGCUGAGUUCUCGGAGCACGCGUCCAAGACCGUGCUGAAGGCGGACCCCAAUGCGCUGGUCGAUGCGACGUCUGGAUUGCAGCAG